ACCCGCGCCGGAACCAUGUUUCGCAACCAGUAUGAUAAUGAUGUCACAGUUUGGAGCCCUCAGGGCAGGAUUCAUCAGAUUGAAUAUGCGAUGGAAGCUGUUAAACAAGGUUCAGCCACAGUUGGUCUGAAAUCAAAAACCCAUGCAGUACUGGUUGCACUGAAGAGAGCACAGUCAGAGCUUGCAGCGCAUCAGAAAAAAAUUCUUCACGUUGACAACCAUAUUGGUAUCUCAAUUGCGGGACUUACUGCUGAUGCUAGACUGUUAUGUAAUUUUAUGCGCCAGGAGUGUUUGGAUUCCAGAUUUGUAUUCGACAGACCUCUUCCUGUGUCUCGUCUUGUAUCUCUAAUCGGAAGCAAGACCCAGAUACCAACGCAGCGAUAUGGCCGGAGACCAUAUGGUGUUGGACUGCUUAUUGCUGGUUAUGAUGAUAUGGGCCCCCAUAUCUUCCAGACCUGUCCCUCUGCUAACUACUUUGACUGUAGAGCUAUGUCCAUUGGAGCACGUUCUCAAUCAGCUCGUACUUACUUGGAGAGACAUAUGUCUGGGUUUAUGGAGUGUAAUUUGAAUGAACUGGUUAAACAUGGUCUGCGUGCUUUACGAGAGACACUUCUUGCAGAACAGGACCUAACUACAAAGAAUGUUUCCAUUGGAAUUGUUGGUAAAGACUUGGAGUUUACGAUUUAUGAUGAUGAUGACGUAUCUCCAUUCCUGGAAGGUCUUGAAGAAAGACCACAAAGAAAGGCACAGCCUGCUCAACCUGCUGAUGAACCUGCAGAAAAGGCUGAUGAACCGAUGGAACAUUAAGCCAUAAGCCAGUCUAUAUGUAUAUUAUCAAAU